UAGAAUGAUUUCGGGUGUUCGGUUUGGAUAUCUUUGCACCGGUGCGCUGCUGCUGUUGGUCGCAUUUCAUCCCAGUGAAGUGGUUGCAGACGCGUCCAACGAGCAAGGGACGAUCGAUCUUAACAGUAUCGACAUCAAUAAGCUGAAAGAUGACGUUCUCGCGGACAUACUGCCGCCAGAGUUCAAAAACGUUACCCUUCCCAAGCUGGAAGACAUUCAGAAGAUCAUCAAAGACAAAUGUUCCCGCGUAGCCGGCAGCGAUGCGUCGUACGAGGAAGCAGAACAAGCCGCCCAAAAGUUUGGCGAUUGUAUGAAGGAUCUGGUAGAUUUUAGCGAUCUGCAGGAAGAGAUCAAGAAGGCAAAGCCAACGGGCGAUUUGGACACAGUGUUCAACAAAUACUGUCGCAGGCGAUCCGCUGCCAUCGAGUGCAUCGAUACGUUCUCGAACAAGGUAGACGUUUGUCUGGAAAAUGACGAAAAGGAAAGCAAAGUGGUGGUGGUCAACAUUGUGCACGGCUUGUUAAACUUUGUUUGCCACAAGGACGGUGAUCAGAUUGCCUUGUUCAUUGCCGAGGAAGGUCCGGAAUGCUUUUCCGAUCAAAAAGAUGCGCUGAUUGACUGUGUCAACGGUACGCUUUCCGGAUACCUGCAGGAUGAUUCUGCAGCGGCAACGGAAGGCCUUCCGAAGCUUGUGAUGGGAAAAAAGCAGUGCGACGAGAUGAGUUCGCUUCAAGAAUGCAUGGUGCAAGCACUGGAAGGCUGUAAAGAGUCAACUCCAGCCAAUUUGGUCGAAUCGUUGUUCAAGUUUGUGCGUCGGGAAACCCCAUGUGCCAAUAUUACCGGGGAAGCAACGCCCAGGAAGCAGCAGGCCCGAGGCGCUGGAAAACUAACGACAGCUUCCCAUCAGAUUAUAAUUUCCACAUUGAUAAUGGCGCUGGUAGCCAAAUUGCUGAUACGCUAGAAACCGCAUCCGGUGCCAAAUGAAUGUUCCUAAUUCGAAGCUGACUGAUCAAUAAGAAACCAAUCAUUCUACUAAGUGAAACUGCAAACCAAUUUCAGGGGACUUUAGGGGAAGUGUAGGAAAAAAGUGUUUACAAUGCUCCAUGUUUGAAUUUAUAACAAUUAACAAUAAAACGUUUCCAACAGGACUUGGUAAAGAUAUCGC